ACCCGGUCACAAACAGUGACACUGUCCGUCUGCUCGCCGCUUCCUGCAUGAUCGCAGCAGGAGGUGGGGGUGCUAUCCUUUGAUUGAACGCUACGCCAAGCUGCGAUAUCCACAAACAUGGCUGGCCAGGAAGAUCCAGUGCAAAGAGAGAUUCACCAGGAUUGGGCGAAUCGAGAGUAUAUAGAAGUAAUUACGAGCAGCAUCAAAAAAAUCGCCGACUUUCUGAAUUCAUUUGAUAUGUCGUGUCGAUCCCGCUUGGCAACCCUCAACGAGAAGCUGACAGCGCUGGAAAGGAGAAUUGAAUAUAUCGAGGCGAGGGUGACAAAAGGAGAGACCUUGACCUAGAGCUCAUCAUGGAGGUUCAUAGCGUCCUAGAGCUACCUGCCCAUCCCAUCCCUCCCACCCACCCUGAAUUUUUUGGAAGAAGUGUGAUGGUUUCCACCCUCCUUUUUUUGGGGACCAUUUUUAUAUUAUAUGGCUUUUGUGUUGUUUUAUCUCAUGACACAUUUGUACAGAAUAUAUGGGGAUAGUCUUGGGGCGUCAGUGACUCAAGUGUCAUCAAUGUUACGAAACAAAAACAAAACCUCCAUAAUUAUUUGGUUUUAAAACAUAUUGUGGAACUCGAUUAUGGAAACUGGUAUCUGCACAACUUGUUGACCGUCUUGUGUUGUAUACGGUGUCAUCGCAUCAGAGAUUUAUAAAAAAAAAAAGGGGGGAACAUUCUCGUGUGCCAAGUUGAACAAGUAAUUGUGUAGUCAUCUUUAAUAAGGACCUGCUUGUACAGUGAACUGUUUGGUGAUGUUUCAGGAUUUAAAUACUGUAAUAAAUGAUAAACAAUG